AUGCCACCUUUACAAACGUACGAAGCUAAGGACAACACGCUGCAGAUGAUGGCUGCUAUAAGAGAUUCUAUCAGGACGGACUCAGAUACUGGGAUGACUGUUAAUGGUCUGAUUGGACGUGGCAACGCCCUAAGAGUCAUGAUCGUUGGGGAUUCAAUGACACAAGGCCAAGAAGGUGACUACACCUGGCGUUAUCGUAUCUGGCAAUGGUUCAAAGAACAGGGAGUCGCUGUAGACUUUGUCGGGCCGUACACCGGCACAGUUCAACCUGACCACCCGGCGGCACCGGCAUUGCCUCCAUUGUACGGGCAAAAGCCAUUGCCUGGAAAGCCAAAGACGAGCGGUGGCUAUGCUGCCGAUGUCUCCUCAGACUUUGAUAAAGACCAUUUCGCAGUUUGGGGUCGUGCAGCUGCUGUUGAUAAAGGGUUGAUCUAUGAUGUGCUCAGCACGUACCCUGCAGACUUGAUGCUCAUUAUGUUGGGCUUUAAUGAUAUGGGAUGGUUUUACAGUGAUUCUGGAGGUACUCUGGAUAGUAUCAACACUCUUGUCACCAACGCUCGCUCUGCCAACCCAAAGCUUAAGUUUGCUAUUGCCAACGUACCGCAACGAAGCUUCAUUGGAGGCCGAGAGGAUCUUCCAGUCAGUACCAAUAUAUAUAACGCCCUGUUACGCGAUUCAAUUCCGAAAUGGAGCACAGCCGAUUCCCCGAUCUCCCUUGUCAAGCUACAGGAGAAUUACGACUGUGAACCUAGUGGAUGUGCAGCCGGCUAUGACGGACUUCAUCCAACUGCGAGGGGUGAGUAUCAAAUUGCUCACGCAUUUACUCGUACUCUGGUGAAAGACUUCAAGAUUGGAAGCUCCCCAUUAUCUAUCCCUGAUAGUCUACCUGGAAGGCCACUCUCUGUACCGUCUAAUUUUAAAGUCUUUACCAGUGCCACGGGAGUAACAGCUACAUGGGAUCCAGUCUAUGGAGCAUACAGCUACGAUGUUCAGUCUCGGAUUCAAGGUGGUAUCCCGAACUUUUCUGCAGGGAGCGUCUCUACACCGCGAUGGGACUCGACCUGGCCAAUUGACGGCUGGGUGUAUGAAGUUAGGGUCCGUGCUAGCGCUGGCGACAAUAUCAAAGGAGACUGGACGUCAGUACUGUCUGCAACAGCGCAUCCUCAGACUGCGGCGGCUCCCCGUAAUGUAGUUGUGAAAGCUACUACAACUGGCUUUGACAUCUCUUGGGAUCCUCCCACCGGCGCUUAUACUGAUUCGAUUAUCGAGUAUAAUGUACUUUACUGGGACAAAUCGGUGGAUUGUACCUUUAUUACAGGGGGGGCCUUCACUGGAACCUCGGGGCACAUUGGCAAUCUCAAGUCAGGGCAUUAUUAUUUCAUAGCCAUCGAAACGUGGAAUUCUGCAGGUGAAGGGUUCCCAGCAAUUGUUACCGGCGUUGUGCCCGGCGCUGGGACUCCGGCCCCGCCGACUGAUUUGAAAAUCUUUGCCAAUGAUCCAACAACGGUCCAUAUGACGUGGGGCAAAUCGGCAAACGCAGCUGGAUAUCGUCUCUGGAAUAGAAAUGUGCACGACAGCACAAGCGUGCUUACUGCGCAAAACGGCACGGUCGAAACUACCUGCAGCGAUCAAUACUUUCUCUUCCCGGGAACUUGGAAUUAUGAGUGGUGCGUUAGCGCUUUCAAUGGUGGUCUAGAAUCCGAAAGGGGAGCUUGUGUUUUGGCCCCUUCUCCGACUGCCGGAGGGAACGCAGCGCAGACCUGUCCUCCUCCGCCCGCUUGGUGUCCGAAUGGCGGUGGAGCUGGGGACGGGGGAAGUGGAGGCGGUGGUGGUGGCGGCUCCACAAGCCCCCCUACCCCUGUACCUACCGGUGACCAGCCAUGGCCAGUGGUUACUAAUGGGCAUUGCAAGGGCCCUGACUGCAAAGGCGGGCAAUGCACGGGUCUUCUGUGCGCCUCCUUUGGCUGCACCGGGACUGGGUGUCUCAACGGUGUUUGGUGCAUUGGGCCAGGCUGUAAGGAUGGGGUAUGUAUCUCCUCUGGCUGCAUCACGGCAGGUUGUUGUAGUGGUGACCGUUGCAUCGCUUUGGGGUGCUCUGGAUUGGACUGUGGGAAGGAUGGCGUUUGCCAUGGUCCCAACUGCUGGGAGGGAACUUGCAGCGGUGCUGGAUGCGUCUCAGGCACUUGUACAGGAAGUGCCGACUGUUCUACUGGAGGUGGGGGCAGUUGCACAGGAGACGACUGCAGUAGUUGUACAGGGCAAGGCUGCGAGGACGGAAAGUGUACUGGAGAUGACUGCAACGCAUGCAAAGGGAAGGACUGUCACGAUGGGCGCUGUAUCGGAGAGGACUGUGUGAGUUGCUCAGGCAAGGACUGUAGCCCGAGCUCCGGAAGUUGCACCGGACCCCAUUGCAGUGCUUGUGUAGGAAUACACUGCCCACACUGCACUGCGUGUUCUGGUUUGGGAUGUAGCUGCUCAGGCCUUCUGGGACUGUUCUGCAAAUGCAUUUCUUCUGGCUGUACCGGUUGCUCUGGGGCUGGGUGUGGCUGUCUAGGAUCCAGUUGCGGUUGUUCGGGCCCUAGUUGCAGCAGCUGCAGUGGAAAUGGAUGUACUUGCUACGACCCUGAAGGUUGUAGUGGAGGAAAGGACACAGGGUCUACAACCACAAAAGAACCAACGACGUGUGCAACUAGCGUGACAGCAACGAAUUGCAAGGUGGGCUGCUCAGUCACGAACUAUGGCGAUACUUCACGUACAACAGCAUGUUUCACAACCGAAUGCUCCACCACGCUCGGCUGCGAGACCAAGGGCACAACAGCGACCACAGCAACAACAACAAAUCUCUGCCCACUAACCACAGAUCCCGCUCCAAUAGGGACUUGGGACCCCAAUGGCCCUAUACCUACUCUAGGGUCCGACAACCAAUACACAGCGAGCGGCAAAGGGACUACAACAACGAAACCAACUACUACUACCUCUUCCCAGCCGUCCGGGACGACUUCUAUACCUAUACCAACCGUCAGCGACCCAGGUUCGUUCCCCGUCUAUUGCUUUAAGGAGCAUAAUGACGGCUCGUUCGCGUCAUUCAACACCGACUCUGUCAGUUCCGCAGUAUCUUCGCUGUGCGGAUCCGGCAACACUCUCAGCCCUAAAGGCCCCCCUUACAACUAUGUCUACUCUGGCCAAAAGGGCAUCAAUGUGAUCGCCUCUUUGCAAUGGGCAGACAACCAAUCCGGGUGCCGGCCUGAGAAGGGAUUCAAGCUGUGUACAAGCGCCUAUGAAAAGAUUGUCUCUAAUUGCGAUAAAGGAAAUGCUGAUAAAUACGGCGGUGCCUUUAUUGUGUCGUCUGACGAUGGCUGCAUCCAGUGGAUGGUUUAUGCACAGAAGGCGGAAAGUAAAUGCAGUUGUAAUGAGAAUGGAUGCACGCCCGAGAGCCCGGCUUGUUGUGCUAGUGGCACAUGUGGAACAGAUAAGCAGGUAACGCUUGCAGUGGUUCAAUUCAUUGAUGCGAGUGAGGUGGAUACACUAUUUAGUUCACGGUUGAAUUCGUUUUUGGAAGAGGGAAGCCAGUCAACAACCAUUCCUUAA